AUUCAACAGGCAACAAAGGAAGAAAGGAAGAGGCCGUGAGCUACAAAGUGUUAGCCAACCUAGAAAGAAAGAUGUCACCUUAUUGUGUCAUCCUAGACGGCAAUGUGAACCCGCACGUUUAGAGAAGAGCCCCAAAUCCGGCCACAUAAACGCUUUGUGCUUUCGUCCGUGUGCAGAAGGUGACGAAAGGCGAGCUGACGGUAAUGUUGUCGACUGCAAACGUUAACAAAGCUAGCUGAUUGGCGAAGCGAAGCUAACGUUAGCCAGCAGCCGUCAAGGAGCGAAGCUUUUUAUGAACGUGUUGUACGGGACAAAUGCCAACACCUCGGGGUUGUUUUGCCUUCCAAGACCAACAGGAGUGACCGGCAUCAAAUGAAAGGUAGUGGAAGUGGAACUUGACCCAUCCAACUGAGUCACCAUUUUCCUGCACAUAAUGGGUUUGAUGGGUCCACUGUAUGCAUGACUUGUUUCGUGUGGCCUGAUGGGAGGACACUGUGGAUAGUACUUUCAUCGGGAUACAAGGAGAGCCAUCCCAUGCCCCCAAUUUGGCGGGCCUGUCAGAAUGAAGAAGAUAAGCCUUAAGACCAUCCGCAAGUCCCUCAGCAUAAAGGGCAAAGAGGAGGGUGACUUUGUCAUGCUCCAGCAGCCCUCGGUGACUACAGAGUUUUCUAAGGAAGAGUCACUUUUUGGGGGCUGCUACACCAAAGAGCUUUCUGGCUGUGACCUUGGUGGUGAAGAGGACAAAGGGGGCCAGAAUAAGGGCCGCUCAAAGAGUGAGAGCCUGAUGGGAUCCCUAAAGAGGAGGCUGUCUGCCAAGCAGAAGGCGAAAGUGAAAGGCAGCUCCUCUGCUAUAGGCUCAGUGGAUGACGAUGACACCUUCUCCUCCUCGUCUGUGCCCAUCAGCUUCAACGAGGUGAAAGCCCAGAGACCCCUUAGAUCCGCGUCCCUACGGAGUCACCACUACAGCCCCUCACCGUGGCCUCUGCGGUCAGUCAACUCUGAUGAUGCCUGCAUCAAGAUGGAGGUAAAAGUUAAAGCCAUGGUUCACUCUCCCAGCCCAAGCCCCAACUUAAAUGGUGUCCGGAAAGAAUUUCAUGAUUUCCAGAUGGAAGGGCUCUUUCAGGACCAAGCAGAAUCCUUAAAGAAUCUCCAGCAGCCGCAAAACGGUGAGCUGCAUCUAAAUAUUGAUGAAAAUGACGUGCCUGUGGUGCUGGGGUUAACUCCCCAGGACUACAUCCAGUACACAAUGCCUUUAGAUGAGGGAAUGUACCCGGAAGGGUCCCACUCCUUCUGCCUGGACAGCUCCUGUCCUAUGGAGGUGGGGACUGAAGCGGACAAUGGGUCCCUCCACACAGAACAGGGACAGGAGGAACAUGAACUGGUUAGUGGGAUGCCUCCGGAUCUCUUCAUGGAAACCUCAGUUAAUAGUCUUCUCAUCGGUUCUGCUGGUGUGAUGCUCCAAAGCUCUAGAGUAGAGGUCCCGCCUCCCCUCUCUCCACUCCUGCCACCCAUAACAAGUAAUGGUCAUAUUUCCAGGACAUUUUCAGGGUUCAGCUCUUCAGACAGCCAGGUAGCUGAGAGGGUAAGACACCACCUCAACUUUGACCCAAACUCAGCUCCUGGGGUCAGUCGGGUUUACGACUCGGUCCAGAGCAGCGGGCCCAUGGUCGUCACCAGUCUGACAGAGGAGCUGAAGAAGCUGGCGAGGCAGGGCUGGUACUGGGGUCCCAUCACACGCUGGGAGGCGGAGGAGAAACUGGUCAACUUGGCCGACGGCUCAUUCCUGGUCAGAGACAGUUCGGACGACAGGUACCUGCUCAGCCUGAGUUUCAGGUCACAGGGUAAAACCCUCCACACCCGCAUCGAACACUCCAAUGGACGCUUCAGCUUCUAUGAGCAGCCUGAUGUGGAGGGACACACGUCCAUCGUCGACUUAAUCGAACACUCUAUCAAAGACUCAGAGAAUGGAGCUUUUUGCUAUUCCAGGUCUCGCUUACCAGGGUCUGCAACCUACCCUGUCAGACUAACCAACCCAGUAUCUCGGUUUAUGCAAGUGCGCUCCCUGCAGUACCUUUGUCGCUUUGUCAUUAGACAAUAUACAAGGAUAGACCUGAUCCAGAAACUGCCCUUACCUAACAAGAUGAAAGAUUAUCUGCAGGAGAAGCACUACUGAGGACACAGAGACAGGACAGUGGUAGCAAUUUGCACUUUUGUGUUCAGUUAAGAGAUUUAAACAAGGUUUACAGACAACCACGGUUUUGAGAUGAUUGGUUUUGGUGGCUCUUGAUUUGUGUCCAGGUGACUCUGUCACUGUUAAGUCCUCCAUUCCACUGUUCUGGGGUUUUUUUUCGCUGGUUUUAGGAGGCUCCACUUCCAGAAACACAGGCCAGCACAUAAUCUACUGCAAAAAAUAAAUAAAUAAAUUUAAAAAAAAAAAAGAAUAGGGGUAUACAGCCUAGUUAUCUUAGGUGCAUACAUUGAGUGCAGAUGUUUGACAUGCAUUGCGAUGUAUGGUUAAGUGUUACAUCCGGCUGGGCAAGUAAAGCAGAUUUUCAUGAAUUUGCCAUCUGGGUUUAAGAAAAAUAGAAUUCCACUCUGAAUUUGAAAGUUCUUUGAAUUGUUAUCCACUAAAUUGUACAUUUGAAAGGACGGAAAAGUACUGUUAUAAUGAAGUUUUUAAAUCAAAUUUUAAGCUUUCUGCUGACUGACCAAUUUUGAUCAUCUUUUGCAUUUUAUUACUUGUAAGACUGUGCAAUGUUAUCCUUUUUCGGCAUGAUCAGACUGCAAAUGAGAACAUCAUUCUGCAUUUACACUAUGCAAUUAGUCCAAUAGCAAGGCUUUAUCGUAUGUCAAGGGAUGAUGGGCAUUGCUAAUUUACAAACCUGACUACUUUAUUCAGUGGAUGGUGUUUCUUUCUCAAGUAUUUGACUCUAUUAUGACAUGGUACUAGCUGACAUACUACAGACACAUUUGUGUUUCAGUAUGCUUAGACUGGUGCAGGCUUUAUUUAUGAGUUUGUGAGAAGGAAUUUCCAGGUGUACAACAUGAACAUUUUGUUGCAAAAGAUGCCCAAAAUAUUCCAGUCUGUGAGAGGGUUUAAACAGUUUGGUCAGAAAAGUAGCCUUAAAUUGUAUGGCUGCAUGUAGCCAUUAUAUAAUGUGCAAGCCUGAAGGUACUGACGAUGCUGGAUCUUAAUGUGCUGUUUUUGUAGAAACAGCAUCAAGUUGAUGUAUUAACCUUUUUAGAAAUAUGUUAAGUAAAAUCUUUCUGCAUUAGGAAUGUUACAAAAACUGCACCGCAGCUCAGGCCUAACAACUUUGUCACUAUCUGUAAUGCUUGUUUCUGCAUGUAGUAAAGGCUUUAAGACUGUCAAUUAAUGGCACUGUAGAGUUACUCUAAAUGAGAGAAGAUGUCACGGUAAAAGGGUGGAAGUUUUCAGCUGUGUGGUUUAACGGCAACUCUGAGUAAAAGGCUGUUUAAUGCACCAUUGCAUUUACCGUAGGCAGUUCAGAAGUAAAGAAAAUUGCCCUCGAUUAACCUACAACUGAAAAACAGACCUCUAGUCAAUUGAUGUGAAUCUGUAUGUAGAGAUGGCCGUUUCUUAGUCUCUUAACGCCAGCAAGGAGCUGGAUCCAGAUCAAAGGAAUCCCAGAAAUGGUGUGAGCUUAGGUAAAAAGGACUUGGUAAAGCCAGGGUUAAGUCCUCCUCGCCAUCUUGGAGUGAUGCCAGGGUUUCAGCAUAUGACAAAAGUUCCAUCACAGCUGCAUGGCUGCAUCAUUAAUGUCAUAUGGGUUUCAAGGACGUUUUAAAACAGAAAAAAAAGAAAAGAAGGAUACAUUUUUUGCCAUUGCUUAUUCACAUUGUCCCCACAGAGCUGCACUACCCCACAGAUUGUCUCUACUUGGCUGUUCGUGCCAGAGUAAAGGGAAGAGCACACAGUAUGCUACGCAAGUGCUUUAUAUGGAUACUUUGACAGGGAAUUGUGUUUUCACAUUAUGAAUGAGCAUCUUUUUUGACAUCAGUGUCCUUAAAAGUAUUUGAAAAAUGGUCUCACGGACAACUUUGGUAGGUCGUUAGGGCAUAGUUCUAGUUUUAGUUAGCUGGAAGUGUUGGUGUCUGAGGAAGUUACCAUGAGUCUAGCACAGCAGAAAUUAGAUAGGAACUUUGGAUGGUGUUGCAUGUUUAAAGACAUUUUAAAGCUUUGAGUUGUAUAGGAAUGAAGGAUCUAGGUUGUGUGUUUGGCUGUGUAGAGGGAUGUUUGUUUGUUUUUUCUGUCACAAACAUUGGCUGGACAUUCUGUGUACAAGAAAUGUAUUUUUCUUUUUAGAAUCCUUAUGUGAGUUUUUUUUGUGACAUUUGCCAUCUGGGGAAUGGGGCUGUACAAAAGGAAUGUACGCUUGUUUGAGGUUUCCAUUUUAUCUGCCUGCAGACCAGUCUCAGAAAGCAUGAGAAUCAUAAAAACUACAUUGACACAUUUUUGCACUUGAAUAUUCUCCAUUGACGUGCUUGGAUCCUCUCCUGCCUAGAGUUGUCCUUCAGAUGGCGGUUUUUAAAAAGAAAUGUAGUCACACGUUUGUCCUUCUGUGUUCAUAUAACUGUUUAGAUUAAAUUGAGAUUGUUUUGUUUAUCAUGUCAUAUUCGUGGGAUAUAAAGGGUAAGGCACCAGCAUCAUAUCAAAGCCUCUGCUAAUGCUCACGGGCUGUCAAGGAAUGGGAUCAUGGCAAGAAUGUGGAUGUAAAUUAGAUUUUACUUUUUGGGUGUGUGUGUGUGUGUAUGUGUUACAGUUGAAAUGUGAAAGUAAAAUGCUAGUCUUUUUUUUUUUUUUUAAUACAUUGUUCCUUUUAAUUGUAUUUCCAUUUUAAUUUGCGAUUUUGUCAUCAAACUUUGACGAGCAGAAACCAGUUUCAUAUUGUGUUGCUGCUGUGAGUUUUCUAAAUACGUAUUUAGUUUAUUAUUAAGCAUUAUUGCCUUCAAUGUUUGAUUCCAGAGGUUGAUGCUUGUUCAGACUGCUGAAGCAUUUUGAAUUUAUAACAGCUGUUUAGCACUUAACAAGCUCCAACGUGUUUUUUUUUUUUUUUUGUACAUCUCGGUGAGUGAAGGUGAUUGUUUACAACAUUAUGUUUGGAAAUGCCUCCCCCUCCUCCCUUCCCCCCCAUUUUUUUGUUUAGCCUCUCUCACAUGAACAUCUUGGUACAAUUUUGAAAACUCUAUUUCAUUUUAAUGUGUUAUACACAUUUGUGCUGCUUAUGGAUAUGAUUGCCUUUCUUGUAUUUAACAAUGGGGAAAUAGAAUGUCACCAAUGUAGAUGUUUGUACACAUAAUGACUUUGGUUAUCAUCUUGGGAGAGCAAAGCAGAUUUGCAAUUUGUUAACAACUGUAGUCAGUUAAAAGAGCAUUAGUAGCGAUUAGUAAAACCCUCUGUAGAAUUACCAGUUCACUCCAGUUUACAUUGGUUGUCAACUGUCAACUUUCCAAAGUAGAUGGUCUUUUUGUAUUUUUCUUUUGGAAAAAAUCAACAGUGAUUUUAUUGCACACUUUGGAUACAUUUCAAGAGUUUUUUGUAUCUGCCAAUUAUAAAUUAUAAAUAAAAAAAACUAUAUUCUAA